AUGAUAGAGCCCACCACUUCGAGUGAGCCAGUUGAGGAUGCAGCCACUGUGCCAGCCUUUAAUGAGCUACUGGAUUCUCUCAGAGACAGCGUAGAGUUGAAAGUGAAUAAGCGCGGUCCGGAAUUGGAGGAAUUACCAGUAACAGGGACACCCACUAGUUCUGUUCCCUCCUCUAGUCCGCUGCCGACUACGCAGGCUUCGCCGCCUUCGUCAGCACCUGAAAACUUUACGGAGACCCUGGAAAAUCGUAAGGAAACUGAACUACCUACACCUCCUACGAGAGUCAACCAGACCUUCAGUCCAAGCCAGCUGACAUUUCGUUGUCAUUCUGCCUGUCCCGUCUACAAGAACAAGCUGCAUAAAUGUCAACAGCGCGAGUGCAAUGGCCCAAAUCGCUGUUACAGAUGUGACCAAGCCGGAAUCACUCCACACGUUCUGGCAAAACGCGAUUUCUGUGAAGGUUGCUGUCACGAGGAGUGCGCUGGCGGCUGCAACGGAUCUCGCGCAAGCGACUGCUUUGUACGUUUUGACAGCGCAGUCAAUUGA